ACCACCGUUUUAGCACAGACAUUGAGCGUGAAUUAUCGAGCCGUUCCUCAAAUAUUAGUAGCUGGACAAUAUAAUGGGUUAUCAUUAUUUAAUGGUGACUCGAGCGAGCAAGAAUUUUAUAACGCAAUGACUGCAUCAUUGUUAACUCAGUCGCCAAACGGUAUCUUUCAACUUUCUGGCUCUACUUCGUAUAAUGGAACGAUUAAUGCGUUAUGCGUAAUGCCUCGGUCUCAAAAUAAUCUUUAUGAUAUCGAUGUAUAUGUUGGUGGUAAAUUUACCACUCUUGCUAAUAAUACGUUUAAUAAUAUUGCGCGUUACGAUCCCGCUAGUCGAACAUUCCACGCGCUUCUGGAAGGUUUGGAUAAUUCGGUUUUCUCUUUGUACUGUGAUACUGAUAAUUCGUUGGUUUAUGUCGGUGGUGAAUUCAUCGCUCCAGUAAAUUCUGCUGCGCAUGGUAUCAAUAUCUCUGACUUUGGUGGUAGUGUUGCAAUAUGGCAUGUGGGAAAUUCUUCUUGGUCGGCUCUCCCUUUUAAGGGAUUUAAUGGUCCAGUGUAUACUAUUGCAUAUAAUACACAGAAUAAAACUGUUUAUUUUGGUGGUCAAUUCGAUGCUACUAGUGAUGGUAAUUUUGGUACUAUACCUAAUAAUACACAACCAAUAGGCAUACAAAAUACUACUAUAUCAUCUGGAAAUUCGGCAACUCUUACAAAUUUUUCUGAUCCAUCAGUAUUAAUAUGCAGUUCUGAGCCUGAUGGACCGGGUAACACGUGGUUAGUGGAAAACAACGGAGUGGGUGUAUUACGAAUAAAAUUUGAUUAUGAAUUAACGCCCACGGCGAUUGUUACUCUUUCAUAUACGAAUUCUACCAACGGAACUACGUUUACUUGCUCGGAUUCAUGUCCUUUGGGUCCUUCUAAUACUGAUUAUCAAUUAUUUACCUUCGUUUAUCCGACAACAAUGAGGGCUAUUCAGAUCUUAAUUUUAGAUCAUUAUGGUGAAGGAGGUGGACUUCAUGACUGGACUUCUGAAUUACUUCCUGGGAUUUGGGAUACUGUGUUGAUGAUCACGAUUCCUGCAGAAGAGGUAGCUAAUAGCACAGCAAAGCUUAUAAUGAAACCGUAUGUCCCGCAAUCCGGUUACUAUAAUGUUACCCUUAGUUCACCAUCUUGCCUUUCAGUUGGAUGUGAUAGCGUUAUACCUAUCGAUGUUAAUGUCACAGUUUCUCCGGGUGUAUCAUCAGUGGUGACCAUAUCACAAAAUUCAUCUGUUGAUUUUAACACAGUCUACACACUCUAUUCUGGUUAUGUUCUUGGAACAUCAACAACUUUUCAACCAACUGUUGAAAUUACUGUUUCAAAAUCUGCUGUAGCGCCUAGUGAUGGUAGUGAUGCUAUCAUAUACGUCGAUUACAUCCAAUGUGUAAAGAUCGAUAAUCGUAGCUCUUUGAAUGGUUUACUUCAAUAUUCACCUCCAACAGCAGCAGUUCAAGCCUCUUGGUAUGGAUUCAAUGGUUUUUUGGUUCCAAAAGCUAUAGUAAAUGAUAUAAUUGUAUUAUCACCAACAACAAUAGUAAUUGGUGGUAGUUUCAAUAAUUUUUCAUUUUCCAAUAUUGUAUUAUAUGAUGGAAUAAAAUUCACUCCUCUUAUUAACUCGGGUCUUAAUGGCCGCAUCAAUACGAUGGCUCUAAUCGAUAAAGAUUUAUUUGUUGGUGGGUUAUUUAAUAACUUGGCUAAUGGGACCCUACCUGGAUUGAAUAAUAUCGCGAGAUAUAACUUUAAUGAAAACAGGUGGUAUUCUAUUAGUGGUGGUGUCAACGGUGAAGUAAAUCGUAUAGCUUUGGUCAAUAAUGGAACACCACAAAUACAUGUUGCCGGUAAAUUCAACACCUUAAUAAAUCCGCAAUCUUCCACCCAGAAUACCAUAAUUGGUAAUGCCACUUUUGGUUAUAGUAUGUGGGAUAAUAUGUUAGGAAAUUGGGUUAAUACGGCAUAUGUAGAUGGCACAAUUGGUGACAUUGUAGCUUAUAAUAUUCCAAGUUCUCAAAAUGGACCUCUUACUUUCUGGGGUGGCAGGAUGAAUUCCAUGCAAUCUACUAUGUCAUUUGGUGGAGGCCUAAUUACCAAAUCUGGUUAUAAUUCGCUUCCCUUGUUUCCGCAAACGAUGAACGGCGUUACAUCAGAUUUUAUCAUUAACAGUGCAGUACAAUCGAAUGAUACUAAAAGUAAUAAGGUUUUUACUGUAAUUGGUGGCAAAUUCCAAAUCAAUGAUAUCGUUAACGUAGCCAUAUUGGACAAUAAUGUAUGGAGGGGUAUGUCUCCAUCCAGUUUUCGAGGAGAGGUCAAAGUUGUUGUUCUAAGGAACAAUAUUUUAUAUGUUGGAAGUGAACUUGAUGGUAUAGAUGGUAGUGCUUUUGCCGUUUACAAUUUAGACAGUGAUAUAACCUAUGCACAAACAUUGACCGUCAAUGCUAUAAAAUAUCGGUUUGGUACAGACGAUUACAUUGUUGCUGGCAAGUUUGAUAAGGCUGGUCAAUCAAGUUGCUCAUCUAUUUGUUCUUGGAAUUCUAUUUCGGGACAAUGGAAAGCGCUAAACCCGGCUCUUUCCGGUGAAAUUGUUUCGAUGGACUUCGUAGGAAAUUUCCUCAUCGUCGUUGGAAAUUUGGCGAUUGGCAAUAACGGAUUAGUCUAUGUUGCUGAAUAUGAUUUUAGUAAAAAUACAUGGAAAGAACAAGGUACACAAGGGAAUGGAGAUACACAACUUCCUGGACCCCCGACCGUAGUUAUUAAUUACUUUCUCGCGAGCAAUCAACAAUAUUUUGUUUCUGGAUCUGUUUAUAACACUGGUGAGGCUUAUAUACGAAAAUGGGAUGGUUCCAAAUAUAUAACCAUCAAUCCACAACUUUUGCAAGGCUCCGUGAUAAACCAAAUGUCAUUAGUUCCUGCAAGCAGUUCUCACUCAAAAAAUGACAUUUUGGAUCCUCAAUGGUUACUUCUAAUCAGCGGGACACUCAAAUUAAAGGAUUAUGGUGAUGUUAGUGCUGCUUUGUUCGAUGGCAAUACGAUUUAUCCUUUCUUGUUGACGUCAAACCGUGAAAAACCGGGUCACAUUCUGUCGCUCUUUACGACCAUCAUUCCUGAACUCCUUGGCUUAGCAAGUAUCUUAAAAGCUAGUCCACGAAAUUCCGGAAAAGAAGCAAUGCGAGAGGGAGAACUAUUUGCUACUAUAAAUUCAAUAAUAGCACAACAUAGUGAUCCUCGCCAAUCAUUAACAUCUAGUAACAUGAGAAACUCUGCAGCACUUUCCGAUGAAAAAUCUCAUGAUUUUAUGGGAGGAGCUGGAGUUGCAGCACUUACAACAUCUGAAUUGGAACCCAAAUCAGCAAUGCGCGAUAUCUCUGCCGCUGAUAAAGCAAAGAUAACUCGAGAUUUCUUAGCUAAUCACCCAGAAGCACGACAAUACUAUGCAAGAUAUCCAUUCAUUGCAAAAGAAGAGGGAGAAUUAAAUUUAAAUGUUGGAGAUUCGAUUUAUGUGGUGGAUACUAGCGAAGAUGUCUGGUGGCUAGGAUGGAAAUAUGAUGAUGGUAUGUUAAUCUUUUUAUCGAGUUUUUCUUUAAUUGGUUAUGACUAA